AUGAUGCAGAAUCCUAAUUCGAAAAAGAAGUCGGAUGGCAAAAAACCUAUACCUAGUAAUAACGAUAAACCUAAAAUUUCUAAAACUACUAGGGCCUGUGAUAAUUGUAGAAAAAAAAGGGUACGAUGCAUCCGUGAAAAUGAGGGCCCAUGCAAAAAGUGCAUUGAAGACAAUUGCGAUUGUAAUUUCAGCAAAUCAAUUUUAAAAAGGGGCCCUAAAAAAGCAACUGGGUCGAGCACCGGUUUGCCAACUAAGGCAGAGUUCCAAAAAUGGGGUGAAGAUUUAUGGCAAUUGUUUGGUAAAGAUAGGCAAGCCAUCCUUCGAUUUCUGUCAUCAGUACCACCCAAUUUUGAUCAAAACAUUCAACCAAGCAUAAUUGUUAGGGCUUUGGCGUUAGGCAAUGAACAAUCAUCAUCGUUAUCCGAUUUAAAUACAAGUUUUAGUGAAACCUUUCUGGGUAACGAACAAGUUCCAUCAGACCUAAUUCAGGCAAAUAUAUUAACGUUAGGCAAAAAUUCAGACGGAAGACCUUUAUCAGUGAAUAAUGAAUCAUUUUCACAAGAAACUCCGUGCAUUAGUUUGUUUGAUCCUCAAGAAGCCUCGAGCAUAAAUUUGUUUAAUAAUUUAGAAAUAAAUGAACAAUUAAGUGGAGAUCCUACAGAGAGUUUUUUAACAAGCAAUGAGUAUACAUCUUUUGAAAUUCGAUCACCUAGGUCCACCAACAGACAAUAUUCAUUGCAUCGUUCACAAAGUCGUGAUAACCGUCACAAUAGACAAGAAACCCGAAGCCGUAAACCCGUUUCUCGCUCUCCGAGUCCAAAUUAUAGGGCUUCGAUGUAUUCAGAUGAAGAACAGAAUUUGAACCUUUUCCCAUACUCCCAAGUGUGCUAUUCUCCGGGUUAUCUGUCUCCAAAUAUUCCAAUUAAUUAUUGUACAUCAAAUAAUUCAUCAGCUUCAACGUCUGCACAUAUUCCAUCAUCACCUUGUGUGCCACUUGAUUUGGAUGACACGAAUCUUGUCGAUUAUAUUAAUCUCCAAGUAAUAUCGGUUAAUUCUAAUUCGGAUGAGAUGAACCAACAUUUACUUAUCAAUUCAACCUCCGAUAUCCAAACAUCACCGUUGGACGACUCAGAAGAAAUUCCAUUUUCUGAUAAUUGUUACGAUUCGGGGUUAGGUAUUUAUGGAUAUAAUUAA